AUGUGUAUGAAAGCCGCGAACCUGCUGGCCUUAAUGAUUGGUCAGCGAAGGGAUCGAUUACAUUUCGAGGAUACACUGGCUCUAUUAAUAAGUUUCUCUCUUAUUCAGGUUGAGGUUGGCGGACGGCUUUUCGAAUUGCACCGACCGGUCCAACUAUCAGUUCGACAGUGGCUGAAGAAACAAGGCCAGUUUCGUCAGUUGACCAAACAAAGCCUACGAGUGAUGGAAGCAGUAUUUCCCAGUGGAGAUUAUGAAACGUCAGCAUCUUGCCAAAUGCUCCUUCCACAUUUGAAAGAGACAAUUCGUAUCACUGAAAGUUUAGAUAAGAAUGACCACUUAAACGUGUCGAUUAUUAUCAUUCGAUGUGGCUGGUAUCUUUUGCUUAUGGGAAAAGAUGAGGAGGCGGAGGCCGUGCAUCGACGAGGUCUUGCUGGCAGAGAGAGAGUGCUAGGCACUGAACAUCCUGACACACUGACCAGUGUCAGUUAUCUAAGCUCGGUGCUUCGGAGUCAGGGGAAAUAUGAGGAGGCAGAGGUGAUGCAUCGACGAGCACUCGCUGGCUAUGAGAAAGUACUAGGCGCUGAACAUCCUCACACACUGACCAGUGUCAGUCAUCUAGGCUCGGUGCUUGAAAGGCAGGGGAAGUAUGAGGAGGCAGAGGCGAUGCAUCGACGAGCACUCGCUGGCAGAGAGAGAGUACUAGGUGCUGAACAUCCUCACACACUGGCCAGUGUCAGUAAUCUAGGCUCGGUGCUUGAAAGGCAGGGAAAAUAUGAGGAGGCGGUGGCGAUGCAUCGACAAGCACUAGUGGGAAAGCGUAGGCUUAGUCCUGAAAGUUAAGGGAAAUAUGAUGCUUGGGCACUCUAUCCUACACUUAUGAUACUCCUCACGCCGCAAUAUACAACAAUUUACCUGUGACGGUUGUGGCUCACCGGUGCGGCUAAGCAGUGGCUGACGGCCGGUAGGGCUUUCCCGUC